UCCCUUCUUUGAAAAACACACACACUCAUCAGCCAUCACAAGUCUGCAAGAACUUGCCAACAUCGAUUAGUGACUUAGUGUCCACUGACGAACCGACAAGAUGGUGGAUGGCUGCGUGAUCACCGAGGAUUGUGCCCUGGCGGUGUCCACAGACCGGAUGUGGAAGGUGUCCUGCUCCGGUGAUGCCUUGGUUAAGACCUGUGCGGGCAUCUUCGACUCCGUGGACGUGGAGGGCGACGGCGGCCCCGGCAGCGUCACCACCCUGACGCUCAGCGCAGCGGCAGCGGCGGCGCCAGGUGCGGGCGGCAGCGUGGUCAGGAGCCGCGUGUUGGUGCGCGACAACGCGACGCUGGUGCUAAGGAAUGAGGUGCUGAAGGGCAGCAAGCAGGUGAGCGGCCAGCUCAAGUCGCAGGUGACCGAGGUAAAGUUCGAACCGGCCGGGGAAGGCGCAUGCGUGGCCAAGUUCAAGGUGGAGUAUGAGAGGCUCGACGGAGGCGGGGCGCUGAGCGCGGAGGAACAGGCGGAGCUCAUCGGGGGCUACCUCGCCCUGAUGAAGAUAGUCGAGACCUACCUUGUUGCCAACCCUUCCGAGUACGCCUGAUUCAGCCAAGAGAAAGGUGACCCUGAUUCCUCAGACGUUGGUGUUUGUUUCUUUGCUGGUGGAGUCUGGGAGAAGAAUAAAGACGUGAUCAUGAGUGUAUGUGAAGUUUGUGAGAGUGUUUAAUCCUUGUUGUAUGAUUGUGUUUUAUUUUGCUUCAAGAUAUACUACAGAAGUAUAUGCAUAUGGUUUGGUUUUGUGGUGAAUGUAUCAUAGAUUACAUGUA